UGGUUGCUCGGCGGUCAGUGGCACAUGCCAUUGCAUGCUGGGAAAAAGAUGUCUUCUGUGGAGGAGCCGCUAACUCUUUAACCGGUUAGCAGAGGAGCUAACAGCGGCGCGGAGUUAUGAGGAGUGUCUUAUUGUUUCCUCCGGUUGGUGUGGCUGUUGGACUAUGCUGCGUUUGUUCAAUGGGUGGUGCCUCCUGAGCAGGACCCGCCCCCUCCAACCCUGCUCCUCCCAUCCUGUUGUUCAGUCUGUCACCAUGUACACCACUCGCCUCUACAGCACUGUGGGGAGCGGAGGAGGAGGAGGUCCUAGGGGAGGAGGAGGAGGUGGGGGUAAGCCUGGGCAAAGAGCAGGACUGACUGUGAUGGAGGCGCCUCAUCCCUCACACCUCCCCCACCACCCUCACCCGGUCCCACCUACCGCCACUUACCCGCUGUACCAGAGUCGCCCUGACACACAUAGGGGGGCACACUUCCACAGCCCCCACCACUAUCAUCCUCAUCUGCAUCCUCACCCGCAGCCCACCCACCUGGCUCCACCAGGGCUCCCCCCCCACCCUCAAUACCAGCACCACACCCACCUUCACGCAUAUGGAGGCCCCAUGACUUACACCGGGAGUAAAAAGAAGACGUGGAACUUCAUCCACGACAAGAUGAGUUAUGACACAUUCUUCACCAUGAAACGUCUAAUUGAGCGCUCACGUCAACCUGAUGAGGUGCUACGCUGGGUCACCCAGAACCCCGGUAAGAUCUCCCACAACCACUACCCCGUCGCCCUGCAGAAGAUUGGACAGUUGCUGCAGGGUGCAGUGCCACCGCAGCCCAGCGUGGAUGGUGACCCUGAUGCUGAAGCUCCGUCUGGAGGAGGGGAGGGGCGUGACGGCCAUCAAAUUCUGGAACAUCAGGAUUUCCAGACACUGUGCAACUCCAUUAUCAGUGACUGUGCCAAGUUUGACAACUUCAGCAUCGUCAAUUGUCUGUAUGCUGUGGCAGCUCUGGGUCUCCCCAGUGACUCUCAGGUGGUCCAGAUUUUGGAGGCAGAGUCUCAGUCCAGACUGACUCAGUUCAACCAGAAGGACGUGUCCAUGGUGUUCAGCUCCAGCAUGAAGCUCCACCCGGGCAGCCAGCACCCGCUGACCGAAGCUUGCCUGGCGGGCUUGGAAAAGAACCUGGAGCGAGAGCGCCAUCCGCAGACGCUCUUUCUGCUUUUGUCCUACUACCGCCUCAAGGGGCGUGCACUGCAGCAGCAGGAAAGUGUCAGCGGGGGCGCCAACAGCACACCUCCUAACCCCGAGCAGCUGCUGGCUAACCGGAAGAUCUUGCGGUUGGUCAAGCACACUUUGGCGAGCGUCAGUGCUGUCCGUGACCAGGAGAUGGCACUGCUGGAUGAGAUGUUGGCGGCGUGCGUCUGUGAAGCCAGCAACAAGAGCCUGGAGCUGAUCUUUAGUUCCCAACUGUUUUACCAGAACAGACAGGAGAGGUUCAUCAGCAGCCUGGCAGAAGAGCUGCCAAAGAAGGUGGACAGCAUCACGCCGUACACGAUGGCGCUCAUCGCCAAGUACAUGGCUCGCCACCGCCUGAGAGAGACACAGCUGCUUGACACCAUCGCCGACUUCCUGGUGAAGAAGGCCGAGUUCCUGGACAGCAAGGUGAUCCAGAAGCUGGUUUUCCCAUUCAGCAGGAUGAAUUAUCGUCCAUCUAACGAGCAGCAGUUCUUCUCCCGGCUGGAAGAGGUGGUGGACCUGAAGGCGCUCAGCUCACCAUUAGCCACCGUCAACAUCCUGAUGUCUCUGUUCCAGCUGGGACACUUUCCGGCCCUGGUCCUGCACCGCGUCUUCUCCUCGGCCUUCAUCAACAACGUCACCAACAGUCCCUACGCGCUUAUCGUACGCCGCUACCUGUCGCUGCUGGACGCUGCUGUGGAGUUGGAGUUAAAGGAAUACACAGGUCCUCGGCUCCAGGACACCCACAAGGUCCUGAUGUUUGACCGAGCCCUGACCACAGACGAGGUCAACAGGAAGUACAGUUAUAAAGGUCUGGUGGCAGAGGCUCUGCGGCAGCUGGUUGGAGAACAGAACUACAAACAGGAUGAAGUACUUGCUCCAGGAUACUACGCAGACUUUGUGCUGUGGCUGGACAGUUCUGGUCAGGUUUUGCCAAUCUGGAACAAUGCUGGUCCGGCUCCGAGCAUCGGCCCUCCCCCUUGCGUUGCCAUGGGAUCCAAACCCCCUGACAACACUGUGGACGUGAUAACUUCAGAGUUCCAGAAGUUUUCUCCAUUCAUGACAGUGGAGGAGGGGGCGGAGCAGCAGUGUCAGGUGAGUGAGACAGUGGGCGGAGCCCCAGAGUCCAGGACCUUCCUGCCCCAUCACAUCCACAGCAUGCCAGGUGCGGUGUUGCCCUCAGGUGGGCCACAGCCAGGGGCUGCCGGCACCGGGCCCUUGGACUACAGAUCCUACUACGACCCUACGGCAGAGUACUACUCCAGCCUGGCCAAGGAGCACUCACUGGAGAGUCAGGACAGUUCCACGCUCAGCAGCCCCCCGUCCGAUGGCCUGGCUUCAUCUGGAGUCCAGGGGUCCACAGCACCUGCUGUCCCAGAUUCCCUCUUCCAGUUCUCCAUUGGAAAGAUCCUGGAGGAAGAGGGUGCGUCCAGGACCCCGGCCGUGCAGGGCACGGACUGUGAGCUGCCCGUCUUCUACAACAACAGAGGACCGACAUCGCUGCUUCACUCUGCGGACCAGCCAAGUGCAGACAAAAGUCCAGCUGACAAGAGACAGGUGAAAAGGGUCAUCAUGUCCGUCAACGAUAAGUGGCAUUACUGUCACAACUCUGAGGUGCUGGUGGGGUCCCGGGCCAUGAGGGACCGCCACCUGAGGCUGCUGGGAUACGUCAUCCUGCAGUUGCCGUAUCACGAGCUGGAGAAGCUGAACGGGAUUGAGGAGGUGAAGCAAUACCUUCACCAGAAGCUGCUGGAAGUCCCGCGAUGACGCCGCAGGACCUCUGCGUGUGUGCGGCUGCUGUGGGUUGGUAGUUUGAAUCCUGUCGCCGAGAUUUUAGUGGACACCAGAGGAUGGGUCCUGAUGAACCUUCAGCACGACAGAAUCCACAGGCUCCGCCCCUUACAGACAGAUUGGCUUCAGGUCGUGACAUUUAGAUUUCUGGUUUAUUCUUUGUUCAAAUGAAUUAUAUUUGAAUUUUUUUAAAAAUCAGCAAAGGAACAUGAUUCAUAAAGUGAUUUGAACAAAACGAAUGUUGAACAAAUGACUUUGAUUCCAGUUUUUAGUCACGUUUAGACUUUAACCCAUUAAAAUCAGGGUGAAGUGAUUCGUUUCCCCUGAAGAGCCGACAGACAGAGUGACGCCCCGUCUCCAGCAACAAUCUCUGACAGCAACGGUUCCUCCUUUAUUACAAAAACAAAGAAUAAAAUAAAAUAGCAUUUAUGAGUCGUUCAUCUGCAAGCUCAAAAUGGAACGAGAGUUUGAGUCCCAACAGUCUCAUCAUGUGCCGGCUUUAACGGCAAAUUUAUCUUUAUUUCUUUUUCCCGAAUAUCAAAUGACCUUUUUUUUGUUUGUACUGCGAUUAUUAUAACAAGAAGACAAAAGGAUCGGUUCUAUUAAAAAAAAGACAAGGUUCUGGGCUGAGGAGGGAUUAAACUUUAAUUGUAUCAAUCAGGUCAAAAAAUUAAAGGAUAAAUAAUUAAUAAUUUAACUUUACCGCUGAGCUAACAGCUGAAAAAAGUAGUAUCCAUUUUAAAUUAGUUUUCGAAGUUUAAUCUGUUAAUUUUGUUCAAUUUACCCGGCCAAUCAGAGGAUUUCUUAAAAUAUAUUGAUCUGUUCUAUGACACCUUACACGCAGAAUCUCAUUUUAACACUGUCACAGUGUCAGACUCCAUGUGCUCUAAACAAAGUCAUCUUCACACAGGCAGAAUUUAAUGUGAUUUUUUUUUUUUUUUUUUUUUUUUUUAAAUGGCCGUUUGUCGCAGUGAUUUGCGGAUCAUUUCAAAAUAAAAUAAAAUCUUACAUUUCACUGCAAAUGAAAUAAUUUUUGUUAAUUAAAUGCAUUUAAGAGUCAUAUUUUUCUCACAGUAAAAUUACAGCUUUUACUGAACUCAUUUCUUUUAAAAAGUCAUUUUUAAAAUAAAAAGUUUAUUUUAUUUGAUGUUUCCUUCAUGAGAAAUAAAAAGCUGUUCAGUUGGUUGAAGCUUCAUGAAAUAUUUAAAACGCUAAUGGUGGUCGGGAAUGGCGGGAUCACUGACUCCGCCUCCUCCAAAGAUGAAUGUAGUGAAAAUUAAAUUGUGCUCUUUGGAACGCGGCACAAAUGUUUUUUUUUUUUUAAUGAAGAAGUUAAAAUAUUCCAUGAAUCUACUGAUCUUAUUGGUCGCUGUCUUUAUGAACAUUGUAAGUGGGCAGAUCCCUUUUUAGAAAACCAUGUUUGGUUACUGUGGCAACAAGACAUGUAUGACUAUGUUUUCUGUGGGGGG